GCGUUGUAGUUUUCUCCUUCCCACAAUAGGACUCUUUUACACGCUUUUAUCGCUUCAGUAUAUUCUUUUUUGCCAAUAGCCUCUCUUGCAGCUUUGAGAUCUGCUUUUGAAUUCAUGCGAUGUCGAAGAAUUUGUUAAUGGAGAGAUAUGCUAUUAAGUUUUUUUUUCUUGAAACUUAAAAUUCUCGGAAACUGAUAGCAUGAAGCGGGUCACAAAACUUCCAAUCAACCCAUUGCCAACCGCAAAAUUUAGUGGUGUACGAGGUGAUCCAUCGAGUUUAUCCUUAUCCCAAUUGUUCCUUCCUCAGCUAGCAACGCACGGAUCAAUAAUGAAGCCAGUAUACUCUAUAUUGGUCUUGGUCAUUACAUUUAUCACCUUCUGUAAAGCUGCUAUUGUUCAACUUACCGAUGAGAAUUUCUCCGAUUUGGUGAAAAAGGAAGAUGAAUGGUUAAUCGAUUUCUAUGCAGACUGGUGUGGUUACUGUAAACGUCUAGAGCCGAAGUUUCAAGCUGCAGACCGUAUGCUCAAAUUUGACAAAACACACUCUCAUGUGCAACUGGGGAAAGUCAACGUGGAUAACAACCCGGGCUUAGCAGCACGCUUUUUUAUUUCUCGAUUGCCCACAUUGGUUCAUAUUAAGGACAGAGAAGUACGCCAAGUCCAAUCCACGCGAACAGACAAUGAUAUUAUCUCCUUUGUCACAUUGGAACAAUGGCGUGACGUUAAGCCCAAGAAUGGAUUGUUAUCGCCUUUUAGUUUAUUUGGACACUUAGUGGGAUUCACUGGAAAGUUAGUUAAAAAGGUUUCCAGUUAUUCACCAUGGACAUUGAUUGGAUUGCUGACUGGCUUUUUGAUCUUAUCUUUCGGUUUACUUGUCCUUUCGAAUAAGAAGACGGCCUCACCAACAAUGGCUGCAGACAAUACUGAACAACAAGGAUCGAAAGAUACCGAAGAUAUACCAAAACAAAUUGCAAAUAGGGCGUCUUUACGUGAAAGAAAAUCAAAGCGCGUUGAUUAAAAAAAGGCAAAAUAAAGAAGAGGGGCAAUUUAUUUAUUGUGCUUGAUCGUAAAACAUGAGUG